GUGGGAUCCAUGGCGUAUGGCACGAGUAGAAGAAAUUGCAGAUGAUGGACUCAUCGCAUCCUCUUGUAGCCGUGACGCAGACUUAUGGUUGACCACAUGCUUCUUGUUGUACAUGAACUGCGUAGAAGUAUAUUCUCCAGAACGUGUACAGAGGCAGUUCGGGUAUCGACAGGUGGUGCCAGUACCACCACCACGAGACGCCGGACGGGCGCACGAGAGGAGCUCACAGGGGGGUGGAGGCAUGCAGAACUGGGCAUCCAAGAAUGCCGACUACAUACGGAGGUGGACAGAGUCAGCUGCGGUCGAUGUCAUCAUUACUGCUGGACAAUACGACGAGGCCACGUACUGGGACUACCUUGCUUGGUACCGUCCGCGCACGCGUGCCACCUUACUCAGCGGACCUGUACAGCCGGGCCCCAGACCCUUCCCCGAGGAUCGUGCCCGCCUACUUCAUGUUGUGACUGAAGAGGCGUAUGAGAUGCAUACGCAAGCGGAUCAAGCUUUUGGGGAACCAAGCAGGUCAUCAUCGCAGAGGGAUCGUAACCCUCUCCGGGAGUACAUGAGGACAAGAGGAUCCCGCUUCCUAAACGCUAUACGUGGUCUAGGUGGGUGUGCCCCGCAAUGGAGGGGGUACGACCAACAUGCCAUGGACCCGUCUCGUGCCUCCCACAGCAGGCGGUCAUCCAGUGCUCGUGAGGAACCCGUCCGGUCAGAAUCACGACAUACAUCUUCCGCUUCGGUGCGUCAUGUCUCAUGUUCCGGUGCUGAGGCCGAGGAGUGCACGCAGCCUCCUGCGCCCGAGCAGGUUACGCUGGGUUCACUAGCACCUCCGGCUACGAUGACACCUCCGGCUGCAGCAUCUACUCAUCAGGAGGACGUCGUUGACUACACGCAACAGACCCCUUGCUGGAGCGACCCUAAUGCGUUUGACUGGGGUGCUGCAAUGCAUGCGACCGCCACCUUCACUGAUCUACUUGGCGGACAGUCCUCCCAUGAUCUCAAUGAACCUGGAAGUUCACAUUGGGAAUAA